AGUUUAAAUAAUCUGUGAACUUAUUCGAUGAUUGUUCUGACUGUAAUUUUAUGAUUGUGGAACAUUUUCAUUCGUAAAAUCAGAAUUCUUAAAAUUUGCUUUAUUUCGUUACCAGUUUUGUUUCUAGAAUUUGAUAAAUCAUGGCUAACGACGACGUAGUGCUAAAACAAUAUCUUUCGAAAUAUAAACACCGCGACUACACGGCUCGUGAAGUGAUUAAUUUAAUUCAAGUGUACAGAAGUUUGACCUAUCGUCUGGAAGCCUUUGUGUUCAACAACGGCGCUAGGAAAGACUUAUUAAAUCUAGAGGGUACUAUCCCGGUUAACUAUAAAGGAGCCUUCUACAAUAUUCCUGUAUGCAUUUGGCUUAUGGACACUCAUCCACAAAAUGCGCCGCUCUGUUUUGUUAAACCCACGUCAGACAUGUCCAUCAAAGUUUCUAAAUAUGUAGAUAGCAACGGCAAAGUAUACCUUCCUUUUCUACACGAGUGGACCCAAAACGGUUCUACACUGCAGAAGCUUAUUCAAUGCAUGAUUACUGCUUUUGGAGAGCUGCCGCCAGUCUAUUCUAAACCGCGGAACGAGACUAGAGCACCAUACCCUGUUAAUUCGUUUAUGCCUCAGCCCACGGGGUAUCCAUUUCCUCAGGGUACUCCUCAGCCAGGCUAUCCAACACCAGCUCCAUAUCCUACUACCUCAAAUCUCCCUUAUCCAAGUUAUGGUGCUCCUUAUCCUGGAGCAGUUAGUACAAAUGGCAUGCCUUAUCCACCUGCUGCUGCAACAUCCCUGCCAUACCCUCCGGCUGCUGGCUAUGGUGGACCCACACCUGAUGUGGCUGGAGGUACUAUCACAGAGGAACACAUUAAAGCAUCUCUGCUGUCUGCUGUGGAGGAUAAAUUACGCCGGAGACUUAAGGAACAGUCUCAGCAGUCCCAAGCCGAGCUGGAAACUUUGCGUCGCACACAGAAAGAGCUUUGUGAAGGAAAAUCUCGCUUGGAAGACAUACUGUCAAGGUUGCAAAGGGAGAGAGCAGAGUUAGAUAAAAACGUAACUAUAUUGCAGGAGAAAGAGAAGGAAUUGCAUACAGCUAUAGACCGGUUACAGGAACAGGAGGGCAUUGAUGUUGAUGAGGCUGUGGUCACUACUGCCCCACUCUACUCACAACUGUUAAAUGCUUUUGCUGAAGAAGCUACUCUAGAAGACGCUAUUUACUAUAUGGGAGAGGCUCUGCGUAAGGAAGUUAUUGAUUUGGAUACAUUCUUGAAGCAAGUGCGCACUCUGGCUCGCAGGCAGUUCACCCUGCGUGCCCUCAUGCACAAGUGUCGGCAGAAGGCUCAGUUGGCGUGCUAAUAGUGGCGAUGUUUCUGGCAAUGUACCCUUAAGUACUUGCCAGAAAUAAAAGACUAUGUGAUUUGUAUGUAAAUGGUGAUGAGUCAUACAUUAUUGACAUCAUAUCGAGAUGGAUUCAUAGAGAGGCAGAUAUCCUCAGGACUAUUGGUUGAUGAAAUUCUUCAGUGUAAUUAUUGAUGUGGUAAUCUGCUAUUUUGGGUGCAGUGGAUGCAAUGUCAAAAUAAUUCAACAGGACUACAUAAAUAUGCAUACUGUAUUUAAAUUCUGAUAAGUGACAACCACAGUUUGCCCUAUUUCAUUGUAUAAACAAAAUGAUAACUGUAAAUUUAUUGUAAUCAUGCAAAAUAUAUAUAUAAUAAUAUAUUCUAGCUUCAAUAUGAAAUAGCCUAAUAAAGAUACUAUACUCAAAGGAGAAAAGUAUUAAUGCAACGGGCAUAUUUCUGAAUAAAUACAAGUUUCAAUAGUAUAAUAAUGUUAUGAUAAUUAUCUUGUUUUAUGUAAAGAACUAGUAGUUACGUAAUGAGUUACUUUUCUCUAUUAAAUACCCCUGGUGACUGGUGAAGUAAAUGUUUACCAACAUGCUAAGAACUGGCAACACUUUUCUACUUUAUUAGGUGUAGUAGAUAUUGUAGUUGCACUUAUAUAUUGAACAUCCUGCAUUUACUAUGUAAUCUUAGAUACUAGAGCUAGGAUGUAGACCUAGAUCAUAGGUAUUAUUGUCAAUGUAGUGGAUGCCAUUUAUCUCAUACGUAAAUGUAGUAAAUACCAAUGUUAAAAUGUAAAAAAAGUUACUGUUUAUAAUAUAAUUGUAGUUAUUGUAACCAUGUCUUUUUGCACAUUAACUUAAUACUUGGAACAUUUUAAACACAGUUAAAAAAACAGUUUGUAGAAUGAACUCAACUUAAGUUAUGGUUGCAGGUAUUAAGUUAAUCUGCAAGCAAACCUGAUCUAUUUAUAUUAUUAAAGUUUUUCUACCUAAUAAUAUACUCUGUAGAUUAAAAUGAAUGGAAAUAUGAUGGAAGGACAGAUAGAUAUAUCACAUGAGACUAAGCUUGCUCUGCAGAAAAGGUUGAGUGACACUGACCUAAGAUGUUAACAUACCAUUUUAUUAGAAGAUCUGAAUACUGAAUCAUACUUCAGCCAUUAAUGGCAGUCCUACUUUACACUGUAAAGUACCAGCGACAGCACAAGAUUUAAGGUGAUAUUAAUGUUUCAGUAUUUGGGUAAGGCCAAAUGAAAAAGUAAAAAAAAUAAUAUCAUAUAUUAUGUGUAUAAAACUUAGCCACUUUUCAUUCAUUUGUUUGUUAUCACAAUCAUUUGAUAACUUAAUAAAUGAGUCAUUGUAUCAACAGUCUUAUCAGUAAACAAUAUUUCGUAGAUAUCAGGGUUUAAGUGGUAGACAAUAAUACAAAUUCAAUGUAUCAUCUGAAAUUCUAUUUGGGUGUUGUGAUCUGGUUGUAUAGUGUAAUCAUUGUGCCAUGGUCAGGCAAGGGAUAAUUGUAGAUAUUUGACUAUUUACUGUUCUUGUAAUAUAAUGUUAAAGAAGCACUGCAAUUUGUUCAUUUCUGUUAUGCAAUGUGGUAUUGAUAAGUACUUGAGAGUCUAAAAAUGUAUUAGUGUGGAAUUCAAUUUAUAAUAAUCAUACUAAAUUUGUGAAUGUAUAGCUUGAUACAUAUAAAAUAUAAAUAUGGUCUAAGUGGCACAUUUAUUAUGCAUAUAAAUAUGUUGCUUAACUAUUUAAUGGUGUUAGUUUUAUAGCAUUUACAUUCAAUUCAAAGUAUAUCGUAGCUUAUAUGCACCUUAACGCAGGCAGCCGUUAAUGCUGGUUGACCACUGCCUGCUUAAUAAACUAAGUUAGUCGCACUCCCAUAGUUGAGCCAGUGUAUAACACAUUCGACGCCAACUUUUCUAGCAAGAGUUAGCGUCGAAUGUAUUGCAUAAACACUAUCCGCGCGAAUUAUCAUCUUCACACAUAUUUCACUCGAAACUACAGAGAUAUAGUUUAUCUGGAUAGCUGGCGUCAUGUCGUGCUCUAUAUCCUAACUAAACUUAGUUCAGUUCGCAGUGGGAAAUCGGCUUUCCAGUUAUCAUUAUUCUAUGAUCAAAGUAAUCAACCUUUGUUACUGCCAUGGCGUAGGUUUUUACUGUUGUAGAGGAUUGAGUGAGUCCUUCAUUAUGAUUGAUCACAAUAAAUAUGAAUAAUAGUCGUUAAGACUUGCGUGACCACAAUUACCUAUGACGCCAUAAUAUCGCCAUUUAAUUUCUUGUUCUAGUUUUAUGAAAUGUAUUAAACAUAUUUAUGCUGAACCACAAGAAUACUCGAGCGCAUACCAUAGUAAUGACCACAUGACGCCAUGGCACAUCCUUAAGGGAGUUAGAGGUUUGUUUGAGUUUUAUUAGAACUCACAAUUUUGCUUUGAAAAUGUAGCGCAGAGUAACUCCACUUUAUCACACUGUGUUACCUGUUAAUCGGAUUUUUCAUUACUAAGACUGUAAAUAUGAUCUAUGUUAAAAUUAUUACUCAUUAUAAAAAGUAGACGUUUUAUAAAUAAUAUUGAAACUACGAAUUGUUUAAUAUAGUGUUAAAAUAUAUUAUAGUUUAUUUAUAAGGCCUGAGGACCCACCGCUACUGAAAGCAGUACUGUUGUGGUUGCAGAAGCGAGACGGCGCUAUACACGGCGUACGGGGGCGUCUCUUUUCCACAACCGCAAGAGUCUUACUUUAACAGCUGGUGGUCCCCAGUUUUGCACUGGUGAAGUGUUGUAGAAAUUCACAGUUGUAUAAUCAUAAUGCAAUUUAUUUAAUCGAUUUUUGUUCACAGCAUGAGGAUUGCUUUUCCUUUUUGUACAGUUUAUGUAUAAUAUGAUAAUUUAUACCUAUUGCGUUCAGACGGGAUUUUUGCAUGACGAAUAUUUUAUACUACCGUGCCCACGCAUGUGCGUUGUAGACAGUUUUCAAUCUAUCUAUUGAAUGUUUCUUAAAGUAGCAGUUAGUUAUGCGAAAGUCCCGUAUUAACAUGUCUGUAUCACGGCGAAGGACGAAUAGAUUUUGGCCAGCGGUUUUUCUUAUUGAAAGUUUUUCUUUGAAUUAGUGACAUUUCAAUGGCUCUAUUACAAAAUACUUCCCAUUUUUAACAUCCUCCUUUGCCAGUAUACAAACUCACUUUCUGAGAGAUUAUUGUUAAUCAUUUUUGUAUCUCGACGAAUGUAAAUAUGUUCUAGAGUAAGUUUGCUUUACAUAUUAUCGGCGCUGACUGAUAUUUGUGUCACAAUAAACGCGAAAAAUGUGAA